UGAAUUUGUUCUCACGUUUUCAUGCUCCGUUAUAUUUUAUGCCCCAGUUACCAUGGAUUCAAGGGUGUACAUAUGUGUUCCAAAGCAAUACAUGGAGAAGCUGAACAACAUGGGCCAAUGGGAUCAUGGGCUUUUCGUUAGGAGGAUGAACCCUUAUGUGUCCAAAGAGGCGCUUGAGUCUCACUUUGAACAGUGGGGGACGGUGCUGUUCUGUGAGGUGAAAAGUGAGAGCACCUCGGGCUUCCCCAGAGGCCUGGGUUGCGUGUGCUUUUCCAGUGAGGAGGAGGCCGAUGCAGCAGAGGCAGCAGGGCCUCACAAGCUGGGCGGCAUGGAGGUGGACAUUAGGAGGGUUGUCAUGCCAAAGACAAUCGACAAUAUGGCGUACGUGCCCCACAGAAGAAGUGGCAUGGCGUAUCGGUUAGCAAGCAGCAGCUGGCUAGACUGUCAAUGAAAGCAAAGUUUGCGUCCGUGGGUCAAAGGAGAAUUCCCACAGUUGUUUACAGAAGAGGACAGAAGAUGAAAAGCUAAUAUUUGAAGUGAGACUCACAUCACGUAGCUUGCUCAGAGCGGGAGUUCUCUCUGGAGAGGGAA